AGGUGACCAGGUGUAUGACCUUUUCUCUGGAGCGAGCACUGUCCAGGUGAAGGUGACCAGGUGUAUGUUAUAUUGUUAUGUACCUUCUUCUCAUUCCUUUGAAGCAAGCACUGCAAGGCCAAGAGACGGUUUUUCGCGUACCUGGGACGAUCAGCCUAUAAGUAGAUGGAGCCACAACGGGUGUACCCCGUACCAUAUUCUGGUACUGAAUAGUGGAGUGAGCCUCUGUCUCUGGUGCUGUGGUUUGUCAGUCAACAUGUCUGACUUGUCAAGGACUGUCCCUGAGAAGCAGCUCCCGUCGGAGGACCUUCACCCGCCGCCAAUGCCAGUGAUCAACCUCGGUCACCUCAGCCUUGAUUCCACGACACGAUCUCGAGUGAUCGAUGAUAUCGCCAAAGCAUGCCGUGAUCUAGGGUACUUCCAGGUUAUAAACCAUGGGAUCAGUCAAUCCGUCAUGGAUGCUGCUGUUGACGCAGCUUCAGAUUUCUUCAAACUACCAAGUGAAGCAAAGGAGGAGUUUGCAUCAGAUGACCUCCGACAGCCUAUUAGAUAUGACACCAGCUCAAAAGAUAGCAUUAGCAUGUCACGGGCAUUCCUAAAGCAUUAUGCCCAUCCACUCAGUGAUUGGAUUCAAUAUUGGCCACGCCAAUCACCAAUCUACAGGCAAAACAGCUUUUAUAAAUCUUUUUUGUUUACUGAAACCAGGGAAUACAUGGGAAAGUAUGCUGUUGAAGUAAGGAGGGUGGCUUUGCAAUUGAUGGAAGCAAUACUAGAAGGCCUGGGAUUGGGCAAGGAAUACCUGCAUGAGAAAUUUCAGGAAGGCUUGCAACUAUUGUCAGUGAACUGCUACCCUAAAGCAUCACAAGGUGCUACGACUAUAGGGCUGGCUCCACAUUCUGAUUAUGGAUUCCUCACCAUCUUGCUCACAAGUUGUCAGGGCCUUGAAGUUGUUGACCGCAGCAGCAACAGCUGGAAGAGGGUCCAGCAACUCCCACAUGCAUUCCAUGUCCACGUUGGAGACCACAUGGAAGUCCUGAGCAAUGGCCGAAUUAAGACUGUUGUGCACAGUGCCGUUCUGAAUCCUGAAGAAGCAAGGAUAUCUAUAGCUAGCAUUCAUGGUUUUGCACUACAUGAGAAGGUCGCCUGCGCCAAGGACCUUGUGGACGAGCAAAAUCCCCAGAAAUACAAAGAGAGCAGCUUUAAUGACUUCCUCGACCAUCUCAUAGCUAAUAUCGACAACAAGCACAGGAACUUUCUUGAAAGCCUUAGACUCUAAGGUUGAGGAGCGUAAUUAGGGUAUAAUCUUCACUACAAGUUCAAAAGUAGGUAACACGACGUGCUAUGUCUACAGUUCAUCUAUAUCUUUUUCAAAGCUCAGACUAAUGCUGCAAGUGUAAGGUUCUGUGUUAUGUAUUUGUUGAUUUGGUAUGGAGGU